CUCGCAGGGGAGGGGACGGAGCGAGGAGGAGCGGGUGGGGGGGCGCUAUGCUCCCCGAGUGACUGACUGAGCCGCCAUCCGGGCACCUCCUCGGCGGCGGCCGGGCGGGGGAGCGGCCGGGAGGAGCGAGGCCGGCAGGGAGGGGGCGCUGGGCUCUCCCCACCCCGCCCCGAGCCCUCCUCCCUGCGGCCUGCUGCGGCGGCGGCCCGGCCCGGGCAUGGGGGAGCGGGGGCCGCCGCCGGCCGGGCGCUGAGCGGCGCUGUUGCUCGGCCGCGGCUGCCGCGCGGAGCGGAGCGGGGCGCCUCGCCUCGCCUCGCCUCUCCUCGCCUGCCCGCGCCUCGCCUCGCCUCGCCUCUCCGGCGGCGGCGGCUGCCCGCCGAUCCCGGGAGCGCGGCGGGCCCCGGCGGGGCUGUGACUGCCGAGCCGGCUACCAUGGCGGAGAACUUACUCGACGGGCCGCCCAACCCCAAGCGAGCCAAGCUCAACUCGCCGGGCUUCUCCGCCAGCGACAGCACAGAUUUUGGAUCUUUCUUUGACUUGGAAAACGAUCUUCCUGAUGAGCUGAUCCCCAAUGGCGAGUUGGGCCUCUUAAACAGCAGUGGGAGCCUUGUUCCAGAUGCGGCUUCCAAACACAAACAACUUUCUGAACUUCUGAGGGGAGGCACCGGCUCUUCCUUAAACCCAGGAAUUGGAAAUGUGAACUCAAAUAGCCCUGUCCAGCAGGGAGUUGGUAGCCAAGUUCAAGGGCAGCCGAACAGUGCUAAUAUCGGUAAUCUGGGUGCUAUGGGUAAGAGCCCUUUAAACCAGGGAGACUCCUCUGCUUCAGGCCUGGCAAAGCAAGCAGCCAGCACCUCUGGACCUACCACACCUGCAUCGCAAACACUGAACUCUCAAGCACAAAAACAAGUGGGGAUGGUGACGAGCAGCCCUGCAACAUCACAGACUGGACCUGGGAUAUGUAUGAAUACUAAUUUCAGUCAGACACACCAGAGCCUUCUCAACAGUAAUUCUGGUCACAGUUUAAUGAAUCAACCUCAGCAAGGACAAGGGCAGGUAAUGAAUGGAUCUCUUGGGGCAGCUGGAAGAGGAAGGGGAGCAGGAAUGCAAUAUUCUGCCCCUGCCAUGCAGGGGAAUGCAGGCAGUGUGCUGGCAGAGACUUUAACCCAAGUAUCUCCACAGAUGGCUGGUCACACCGGACUGAACACAGCACAGACAGGAGCAAUGACAAAAAUGGGAAUGACAGGUAACACUAGUCCCUUUGGGCAGCCUUUCAGUCAAACUGGAGGGCAGCAGAUGGGAACUACAGGAGUGAAUCCUCAGUUACCAAACAAGCCAGGCAUGGCAAAUAGUUUGUCUCCCUUUCCUACUGACAUCAAGAAUACUCCAGUCACCAGUGUGCCAAAUAUGUCCCAGAUGCAAACCCAAGUACAACAAGUGGGGAUUGUACCAACGCAGGCAAUGGCAACUGGACCAACAGCAGAUCCGGAGAAGCGCAAACUGAUCCAACAGCAAUUAGUUUUGCUCCUUCAUGCCCACAAAUGUCAGAGGCGCGAGCAAGCAAAUGGAGAGGUGCGAGCCUGUGCUCUCCCGCACUGUCGAACCAUGAAAAACGUCCUCAACCACAUGACACACUGUCAAGCUGGGAAAGCCUGUCAAGUUGCUCACUGUGCAUCUUCACGACAAAUCAUCUCCCACUGGAAGAAUUGUACUCGGCACGAUUGUCCUGUGUGCCUUCCUUUGAAAAACGCCAGUGAUAAAAGAAACCAACAGCCCCUUUUAGGGUCUCCAGCUGGUGGAAUCCAAAAUUCUAUUGGUUCUGUUGGAACAGGCCAGCAGAAUACUCCAUCGCUAAGUAAUCCUAAUCCGAUUGACCCCAGCUCCAUGCAACGAGCCUAUGCUGCCCUUGGACUGCCAUAUGGCAACCAGCCACAAACACAGUUGCAGCCCCAGGUACAAGGCCAACAACCAGCACAGCCUCAGGCUCACCAGCAGAUGAGGACCAUUAAUACAUUGGGAGCCAACCAGAUGAACCUUCCCGCAGGAGGAAUAACAACCGACCAGCAAGCUAGUCUAAUUUCUGAAACUGCUCUUCCAACAUCCCUUGGGACAAAUAACCCACUAAUGAAUGAUGGCACAAAUUCUGGCAAUGUUGGGAACCUCAGUUCAAUGCCAACAGCUGCACCUCCUUCUAGUACUGGGGUGAGGAAAGCAUGGCAUGAACAUGUCACUCAGGACCUGCGCAAUCAUCUAGUACAUAAACUUGUACAAGCCAUCUUCCCCACUCCUGAUCCAGCAGCACUGAAGGAUCGCCGCAUGGAGAACUUGGUGGCUUAUGCCAGGAAGGUGGAAGGAGAUAUGUAUGAAUCUGCUAACAGUAGGGAUGAGUAUUAUCAUUUAUUAGCAGAAAAAAUCUAUAAGAUACAGAAGGAACUAGAAGAGAAACGGAGGUCUCGUCUACAUAAACAAGGGAUCUUGGUAAACCAGCCAGCCUUACAGACCCCAGGACCUCAGCCCCCUGGUAUCCCCCAGGUGGCUGCUGCCAUGGGCCAGGCACAGCCCGUGAGGCCUCCCAACGGACCUAUGUCCAUGCCAAACGUGCCUAUGAGUCGUAUGCAGGUUUCUCAAGGAAUGAAUCAGUUUAACCCCAUGUCCAUAGGGAAUGUACAGAUGCCGCAAGCACCCAUGGGACCCCGUGCAGCUUCUCCAAUGAACCACCCUGUACAGAUGAAUAACAUGGGCGCCGUUCCUGCGAUGGCAAUGUCUCCUUCCCGAAUGCCUCAGCCGCAGAACAUGAUGGGAGCUCAUUCCAAUAAUAUGAUGGGUCAGGCUCCCACCCAGAACCAGUUCCUGUCUCAGAAUCAGUUUCCAGCAUCCAGUGGGGCUAUGAAUGUGAACAACGUGGGCAUGGGUCAAUCAACAGCCCAGGCAGGGGUAACACAGCAGGGGCAGGUUCCCAGUGCUGCUCUUUCCAACUCCAUCAACAUGCUAGGACCACAGAGUGGCCAGUUGUCAUGUCCACCCGUGACCCAGCCACCUCUACAUCAGACUGCGCCUCCAGUGUCCACUGCGGCUGGCAUGCCGCCUAUUCAGCACCAGACGCCGCCUGGGAUGACUCCUCCUCAGCCAGCAGCACCCACUCAGCCAUCGACACCCGUCUCAUCUUCAGGACAGACCCCUACACCGACACCAGGUUCUGUUCCCAACGCGACGCAGACGCAAAGUACACCGACGGGGCAGACUGCCGCGCAGGCUCAAGUGACGCCGCAGCCUCAGACCCCAGUUCAACCGCAGUCUGUGCCAACCCCGCAGCCAUCUCAGCAGCAGCCAACAUCUGUGCAGGCACAGCCACCUGGCACUCCACUAUCCCAGGCAGCAGCUAGUAUUGAUAACAGGGUCCCCACCCCUGCCUCAGUUGCUAGUGCUGAUACGAAUUCCCAGCAACUAGGACCAGAUGCACCAAUGCUAGAAAGCAAAUCAGAAGUUAAAAAUGAAGAAACUGAGCCAGAGACUAGUGAGACACAAGUGGAAGCUAAGACUGAGGUGGAGGAGGAUUUACAAGGAUCUUCACAAACAAAAGAAGAAGCAGAUGGAACAGAAAUGAAACAGGAGCCAAUGGAAAUAGAAGAAAAGAAGCCUGAAAUAAAAGUAGAUGCUAAAGAGGAAGAGGAAAGUGGCACUAAUGGAACCACUUCACAAUCCACAUCACCAUCUCAGCCCCGCAAAAAAAUUUUCAAGCCUGAGGAGCUGCGCCAGGCACUCAUGCCUACCCUCGAAGCUCUGUACCGGCAGGACCCAGAGUCUCUACCUUUCAGACAGCCUGUGGAUCCCCAGCUUUUAGGGAUUCCGGACUACUUUGACAUUGUGAAGAAUCCUAUGGACCUUUCAACCAUUAAACGUAAAUUGGAUACUGGGCAGUACCAAGAACCUUGGCAGUACGUGGACGAUGUUUGGCUAAUGUUUAACAAUGCCUGGCUUUACAAUCGCAAGACUUCCAGGGUCUAUAAGUUUUGCACUAAACUCGCAGAGGUGUUUGAACAAGAGAUUGAUCCUGUUAUGCAGUCGCUUGGCUACUGUUGUGGGCGCAAGUAUGAGUUUUCUCCACAGACCUUGUGCUGCUAUGGUAAGCAGUUGUGUACUAUUCCUCGUGAUGCUGCCUACUACAGUUACCAGAAUAGGUAUCACUUCUGUGAGAAGUGUUUCACUGAAAUCCAGGGGGAGAAUGUCACCCUGGGUGAUGACCCUUCCCAGCCUCAAACAACCAUCUCUAAAGAUCAGUUUGAAAAGAAGAAAAAUGAUACACUAGAUCCAGAGCCGUUUGUUGACUGCAAAGAGUGUGGUCGGAAGAUGCACCAGAUUUGUGUAUUACAUUAUGAUAUUAUUUGGCCUUCAGGGUUUGUCUGUGAUAAUUGUCUGAAGAAAACUGGUAGAACACGUAAAGAGAACAAAUUCAGUGCUAAAAGGCUGCAGACUACUCGUUUAGGAAACCAUUUGGAAGAUAGAGUAAACAAGUUUUUGCGACGACAGAAUCAUCCUGAGGCUGGAGAAGUCUUCGUCAGAGUGGUAGCGAGUUCAGAUAAGACAGUAGAAGUGAAACCAGGAAUGAAAUCCAGGUUUGUGGAUUCGGGCGAGAUGUCGGAGUCUUUCCCUUACCGUACCAAAGCUCUGUUUGCAUUUGAGGAGAUAGACGGAGUAGACGUGUGCUUCUUUGGCAUGCACGUACAGGAGUAUGGCUCAGACUGCCCCCCUCCAAAUACAAGGCGUGUAUACAUAUCAUAUCUAGAUAGUAUUCAUUUCUUCCGCCCACGUUGUCUCCGAACUGCAGUUUAUCAUGAAAUCCUCAUUGGAUAUUUGGAGUAUGUGAAGAAACUUGGGUAUGUGACAGGACACAUCUGGGCCUGUCCCCCGAGUGAAGGAGAUGACUAUAUUUUUCAUUGCCACCCACCUGAUCAGAAAAUACCCAAACCCAAACGCUUACAAGAAUGGUAUAAGAAGAUGCUGGACAAGGCAUUUGCUGAGAGAAUCAUCCAUGACUACAAGGACAUCUUCAAACAAGCAACUGAGGACAGGCUGACAAGUGCCAAGGAGCUGCCUUACUUCGAGGGUGAUUUCUGGCCCAACGUGCUAGAAGAAAGCAUUAAAGAGUUGGAACAGGAAGAGGAGGAAAGGAAGAAGGAAGAAAGUACCGCAGCUAGUGAAACAACAGAGGGAAGCCAGGGCGACAGCAAAAAUGCCAAGAAAAAGAACAACAAAAAAACCAACAAGAAUAAGAGUAGCAUCAGCAGAGCUAACAAGAAGAAACCCAGCAUGCCAAAUGUGUCCAAUGAUCUGUCUCAGAAGCUGUAUGCUACUAUGGAGAAGCAUAAAGAGGUCUUUUUUGUGAUUCAUUUACAUGCCGGACCUGUAAUAAACACUCUGCCUCCCAUCGUGGACCCAGAUCCAUUACUUAGCUGCGAUUUGAUGGAUGGGCGAGAUGCCUUUCUCACCUUAGCCAGAGACAAGCACUGGGAGUUCUCCUCACUACGCCGGUCCAAGUGGUCCACGCUGUGCAUGCUCGUAGAGCUACACACGCAAGGGCAGGAUCGCUUUGUCUAUACGUGCAAUGAGUGCAAACACCAUGUGGAAACAAGGUGGCAUUGCACUGUCUGUGAGGACUACGACCUCUGCAUUAACUGCUACAACACUAAGAGCCAUGACCACAAGAUGGUUAAGUGGGGCCUGGGUCUGGAUGAUGAGAGCAACAGCCAAGGAGAGCAACAGUCAAAGAGCCCCCAGGAGUCACGUCGACUGAGCAUCCAGCGCUGCAUUCAGUCCCUUGUCCAUGCCUGUCAGUGCCGCAAUGCAAACUGCUCAUUGCCAUCCUGCCAGAAGAUGAAACGGGUUGUCCAGCACACCAAGGGCUGCAAGCGCAAGACCAAUGGUGGCUGUCCAGUGUGCAAGCAGCUCAUAGCUCUUUGCUGCUACCAUGCCAAACACUGCCAAGAGAACAAAUGCCCUGUGCCAUUCUGUCUCAAUAUUAAACACAAGCUUCGACAGCAGCAGAUCCAGCAUCGCCUGCAGCAGGCGCAGCUCAUGCGCAGAAGGAUGGCUACCAUGAACACCCGAAACGUGCCUCAGCAAAGUUUGCCUUCUCCUACCUCAGCAACGCCUGGUACCCCUACACAGCAGCCAAGUACACCGCAAACACCACAGCCUCCUCCCCAGCCCCAGCCUUCCCCUGUAAGUAUGUCACCAGCUGGCUUUCCCAGUGUGUCAAGAACUCAGCCCCCUACUACUGUUUCAACAGGAAAACCUGCAAACCCAGUUUCAGCACCUCCACCUCCGGCUCAGCCUCCACCGGCUGCCGUGGAAGCGGCUCGGCAGAUUGAGAGAGAAGCUGCCCAGCAGCAGCAGCAGCUCUACAGGGUCAACAACAUUAACAAUGGUUUGCCUCCUGGUCGCCCAGGGCUAGUAAACCCGACGGUGGGUUCAGUGAACCAGAUGCAGCAAGUGAGCAUGAAUGUACCCCGAUCUAACCCCGUAAGCGGCCCAGUGAUGUCCAACAUGCAGCCCGGACAGUGGCAGUCGCCCCCGAUGCCACAGCAGCAACCGAUGCAGCCAGGGAUGGCGAGACCAGUUAUGCCAAUGGCAACACCGCAAGCAGUGGCUGGGCCAAGGAUGCCAGGCGUGCAACAGCCGCCGCGGAGCAUCCCCCCAAAUGCACUUCAGGACUUACUGAGGACCUUGAAAUCACCAAGUUCUCCGCAGCAGCAACAGCAGGUUCUUAACAUCCUUAAAUCCAACCCUCAGCUUAUGGCAGCUUUUAUAAAGCAAAGAACAGCCAAAUACGUGGCUAACCAGCCUGGGAUGCAGCCACAAGCAGGCAUACAGCCCCAGCCUGGGAUGCAGCAGCCGCAGACUGGCAUGCAACAGCCGGGCAUGCACACUCAGCCAGGACUGCAGAACAUGAAUGCAAUGCAAGCAGGAGUGCAGAGACCGAGUGUUCCUCCCCAGCAGCAAGGGAUAGGAGGUAUGAAUCCCCAGGGACAAGCGAUAAACAUUAUGAACCCCGGCCACAACCCUAGCAUGGCAAACAUGAGUCCGCAGUAUCGAGAAAUACUGAGGAGGCAACUACUGCAGCAGCAGCAGCAACAGCAGCAGCAGCAAGGAGGGGCUGGCAUGGCAGGAGGGAUGGCAGGACACAACCAGUUCCAGCAGCCUCAAGGACCAGGAGGUUACCCUCAAGCCAUGCAACAGCAACGGAUGCAGCAGCAUAUAUCGAUACAGGGGGGGUCCAUGGGACAGAUGGCUCAGAUGGGACAGCUGAACCAGAUGGGCCAACCCGGCAUGGGGGCGGACGGCACUCCCAACAUCCAGCAAGCACUGCAGCAGAGGAUCCUGCAGCAGCAGCAGAUGAAACAGCAGAUAGGGUCCCCAGGCCAGCCUAAUCCCAUGAGCCCACAGCAGCACAUGCUCUCAGGACAACCGCAGGCGUCUCAUCUCCCUGGCCAGCAGAUCGCCACCUCCCUCAGCAACCAGGUGCGGUCCCCAGCACCCGUUCAGUCUCCCCGUCCCCAGUCCCAGCCACCACAUUCCAGCCCGUCACCAAGGAUACAGCCCCAACCGUCACCUCAUCACGUCUCUCCCCAGACUGGUUCCCCCCACCCAGGACUCGCAGUCACUAUGGCUAGCUCCAUGGAUCAGGGACACUUGGGCAACCCAGAACAGAGUGCAAUGCUUCCACAACUAAACACCCCAAACAGGAGUGCGUUGUCUAACGAAUUGUCUCUGGUCGGUGACACCACCGGAGACACAUUAGAAAAAUUUGUGGAGGGUUUGUAGCAUUAUGGGAGCAUCACUUUUUUCCUUUCGUGUUCUUGGACAUUUUGUACUGAAAAUUCAGACAUCUGGGUUGUUUUGAAUCCUGGAUGGAACUGCUGCUUCCUACACGUGGAAGAAUGAAUUGCUGUUUAAAGAAAAAAACAAUACAAAGAAUAUAUUUUUUUGUUAAAGCCAGGCGGUUAAAAUAUCUGGUCUCUUUUGUGGGUUUUUUUGGUUUUUAUUUUUUUGUUGCUGUUGACUCAUACCUUUUUUUUAAUGGGGAAAACAAGUUCAUUAUAUUCAUAUUUUUUAUUUGUAUUUUCAAGACUUUAAACAUUUGCGUUUAAAAGAAGAAAAAUAAUAUUCAGAAACUGUUUCCUGAAAUAAUGCAACAUUAUAAUGUAUCCCGGUAACUUUGACACGUUGCGGGAAGAUUUUUUUUCUAUAGUGAACUCUGCAGGCGUUUGAAGUAUUACCCCUGGAAAGAUAGGAAUUGACUCUUGCACACAAAAACACACAUUGGCCAAUGCCAAAAUCCUUGUCUUGCAGAUGUAGAAAUUGUUGCUUUGUUUCUCUGAUAAAACUGGUUUUAGAUGAAAAUAGGGAUGAUCACUCUUAGACCGUGCUGAUUUGAAUAGAGAAGAAGCAUUCUUUUCUUUCUUUCUUCUAUGUGAAACUUGAAAUGAGGAAAAGCAAUUCUAGUGUAAAUCAUGCAAGCGCUAUAAUUACUAUAAAUAAGAAAAUCCAAGAAGAUUCAAUCACUGUAUAGAAUGGUAAAAAGAAAAAAAAGCUCAUUUCUUACUUAUAAUAUCAUAUUGUUAAAUAAACUGUGUGCAACAGACAAAAAGGGUGGUCCUUCUUGAAUUCAUGUACAUGGUAUUAACACUUAGUGUUUGGGUUUUUUGUUAUGAAAAUGCUGUUUUCAACAUUGUAUUUGGACUAUGCAUGUCUUUUUUCCAUUGUAUAUAAAGUAUUGCUUAAAAUUGAUAUAAAUUACUGAAGUUUUUAACAUGUAUUCUGUUCUUUAAAAUCCAUGUAAGAAUGUUUAAGGUUUUUAUUUAUUUAUAUAUUUUUUGAUCAUGUUCUUUGUAAGACAUGGCUAUGGAUAUUCACUCAUUACACAGAGCAGCCAGAGGCAUUGAUAGCAGUGGCACGAUACAUGGAGUAUUGUAGGUAGCAUGUCUGUUUUACAACACCCUUUAGUGAUUGUUUCCUUUUCGGGGAGGGCGAGGAGAGGGGAAUGGUUCCCAUAGAUUUAAUGCUUACAGGUGUUCAUCCGUAAGGGUUAACUGGAAUAAAUUAUUAAUAGCCGUUGCUUUUUAAAAACUGCAUUAAUUUAGAGAAGGAUCACCAAUGAAAGGAAAAAUAGAAAGUACUGAGUUAAUUUUAGGCUAAUUUAUUUAGUCUACAGUAAAAUAUGAACCUAUUGACUUUAACACUAUUUUUCUGCUGUUAACUCUGAGUCUAGAUUUGAGGGUUGUCUGUGGAAUAAAAAAUAACAAAUCAUGUACAUGUUCCCUUUAAUAUCCUGUCACCAUGCCCUCCUGUUCCUGGCAUACUUGCCCCUCCUCCUCCUCCCAAUGAAUGACUCGCUUGGAGUUAAAAUCCAGGGAAACUUUCCCCGUGUAGGUGCGAGUUAACACCACGCCCAGCCUCAAACUCCAUCACUCCAACCUGAGCCUUCCCGGUUACAUGCAGCUCCGAUGGGAUUUGCCACAAACCCAGCAAAAGAGCGCAGCCGGCGGCCUGGGCACGCCUGGCGUUACGCUCGCGCUUCCUCCAGCGUUACGUUCGCGGUGGACAGCAUUGGGGGAGGACGGGGGAGAAGAGCGAACCAUUUGCCUUUCGAAAGGAGACGUUUUAGCCCCAUACUGUGAAAAGCAUAGUGCGCCGUGGCGCUACUCAAGUCGUUUUAACUGCUGAGGGUCUCUGCUUAAACUUUUCUCGCAAAUCUUAACUAUUGUAUCUUUUUCACCACCAUCGGAUUCAUCUGCCCACGCAAUUGUCUUCAGCAAUUCAAGAUGUCAAAAUUUUGGGCUGGGGUGAGGUCAGUGAACACUAACCCAAAGCUUGUCCAAAAGAAAUUGCUGUAAACAAAAAAAAGAUGGAAAGCCCUGAUGCUGUGUCUCAUGCUGUGUACUUAAAAGAGGAAAAAUACUAUAUUUGUGAUCAAAAAGAGGAAACUUGAAAUGUGCUGGUGUUUCUAAUAAAAGCUGGUAAAACUG